AACAUGGUGCUGGCAAAGAAAUGGAUGUACGUGAAACGCCCGGACGGUGAACCGAAACCGACGGAUUUCUCUAUCGCCGAAGAAGAACUUCCCGCACUAGAGGAUGGAGAUUUCCUCGUUAAAACCGUAUACUUUAGUCUCGAUGCCGGCUUGCGAGGGUACAUGGCGCUGGGAGUGCUUCCGGUCGGUAGUCCAGUGAUUGGUACGGCCGUCGCAAAGGUGAUCGAAUCGAAGAAUGGAAACUUUCCGGUCGGUGCUCACGUAUGCGCACGCAUAGGUUGGGUUACGCAUGCCAUCAUUAAUCCAUCCAAGCGCAAAGACGAUCGACCUUACAUCGUGCCGGCAGUGAACGGAUACACCUGUUCAAUCGGUCUCGGUGCACUCGGUUUAUCGGGAAAUACGGCGUAUUUCGGCUUUCUGGAAAUUUGUAAACCAAAACCGGGAGAAACAGUGGUAGUGAGUGCUGCGGCCGGUGCAGUCGGUCAUUUGGUAGGUCAAAUCGCGAAAGCAAAAGGCUGCUAUGUGGUCGGUAUUGCGGGAACGGAGGAAAAAAUCCGUACGCUUAAGAAGCUCGGUUUUGACGCCACCAUCAAUUAUCGCGACGGUUCGGUCCGCGAACAGUUGCUUAAAGCAACGCCUAAAGGAAUCGAUUGCUACUUUGACAACGUGGGCGGUGAGCUGACGGAGAUGGUGCGCGAACGGAUGAACCUUUACGGGCGCAUUUCUGUCUGCGGAACCGUGUCCAGCUACAACAGUAACCCGAUACCAGUGACGGAUCCGCAACGCGACUAUGUCUCGAAGCAGCUGCGGCAGGAAGGAUUCGUUGUAUUUCGUUGGUUGGACAGGUGGCUGGAGGGUAUUGGUCAGAUGCACAAAUGGAUUAAGGAGGAUAAGCUGGUACCCUUAGAGACGAUGUACGAGGGCUUCGAACAGGCACCGGACUCUUUCAUUAAAAUGUUACGUGGUGAUAAUACCGGAAAGGCAGUGGUUAAGGUAUAA